AUGGGCGCCGGAUGCUUCUUCGGCGUCUACCUGCUCUACUGUCUGAACCCACGGCACCGGGGCCGCGUCUACGUGGGGUUCACCGUCAACCCUGCGCGUCGAGUGCAGCAGCACAACGGGGGCCGCAAAAAAGGCGGGGCCUGGCGGACCAGUGGGCGCGGGCCGUGGGAGAUGGUGCUCAUCGUACACGGCUUCCCCUCUGCAGUGGCCGCCCUUAGGUUCGAGUGGGCCUGGCAACACCCACAGGCCUCGCGCCGCUUGACGCACGUGGGUCGGCGCCUGCGCGGAGAGGCCACCUUCGCCUUCCACCUGCGCGUCCUGGCGCACAUGCUGCGCUCGCCGCCCUGGGUGCGCCUUCCGCUCACCCUGCGCUGGCUGCGCGCUGACUUCCGCCAGGACCUCUGCCCACCGCCGCCGCCUCACAUGCCACUGGCCUUCGGGCCUCCGCCACCCCGGGCCCCACCCCCGAGAAGCCAAGCAGGUCCUUCCGACGACAUGGGAUGCGAGCCGCAGCAAGACGUCGACGCCUGCUGCACCCUGUGCGCACGCGCGCUCCAGGAUGAAGAGAGCCCCCUAUGUUGCCCGCACCCUGGCUGCUCCCUAAGGGCCCAUGUGAUCUGCCUGGCAGAGGAGUUCCUGCAGGAGGAACCAGGGCAGCUCCUGCCUCUAGAGGGCGCAUGCCCUGGCUGUAAGAACUCACUGCUGUGGGGAGACCUGAUCUGGCUGUGCCGGAUGGGCACUGAGGAGGACGAGGAGGACUCAGAAUUAGAAGAGGAGCACUGGACUGACAUGCUCAAGACCUGAUUCCCAGCAUCCUCAACCUCCACCCACUCCUUUUCUUUGCCACCCUUUGUGGCUCUGGCCAGUUUUUACUUGAAUACAAUAAAAAGUCUGAGUUCAGGGUA